ACCAAGCUCGCUCGAGGCGGCCGUUACUCCCCGGUUCCCGGUAAACGACGACGGGGUUCCGUGAGGCCAUGGCGGGCGGCCCGAAGGUUCUCGAAGUCUUACUGGACGCCACGCUGGAAUGGAGCGAGGCCAAGACCCUGGUGAAGGCCAAGGCCGUGCGCUGCGGUCAGGCGCUGUGCGGCCUGGAGCCGCCCUCAGACCGAGGGGCCGGCCUGUGCUUCACCGCACGCUGCCAGGAUUCGGGCCGCUGCUGCCGGAGGAGAGUGGCUGCUCAGGCCGGGAGCUUCACCGAGUUUAUUUGGGAAACAACUGAGACUUUACAGGCGUCACCUGUUAAGGAGCGGCUUCUUGCUCUCAAUAGUCACAAUGAUUUGGGGAUCUAUGAACUGUGUGUCCAGGAUGGCAUCUGUGACGUCACCAAUACCCACAGCUGUAGUGAGGAAGCACUGAAGAAGCUGGUUGAAAGCAAGAACUUGAGUCUGCCUUCAUCUUUUACUGUGAAGAUUCUGUCAUUUAAAAACAGUAAAUCCUGCAUGUUGCUCAAUAAUUGCACACUGCUCCAUCUGACCUGGAUGGAGAGCACCUCGGAAGCAGAUGUGUUGGGCUGCUUUAAACUGCAUCUGCCCGGUGGUGCUGCAGAAAGAAUAACAGAUAGUCCGAUUUGUCAAGAAAUGCUUUUCUUAUUGGACAGUGCAGGCUGGAUAUAUAUCUAUGAUACUGUUGAUGGUAAACAGCGUGGCAGUGUUAAUCUUGCUCUGUGCCAGGCUGGAGAAACUGAAGAGGCAAAUGAUGUCUGUGAUCUGUCAUGCUUGGACAGACUCUGGUUAUCCCAUGAUUUGCACAUUGCUGUGGCUGUGAACUCUGUUAAUAGCGCUGUUUGUGUUAACUUGAAUAAUUUUUUCAGAAAACACCCUGAGAACUUGGAGCAUACAAGAAAAGCUUCCGCUGAUGCACCUUUGAAGGCACCUGUUGGUGUUGAUGAAGAUGACCUUGCCAGUUCAGUAUAUAGCAGUAAACAGCUCAACCUAUCAUUUCAGAUGGAUAGGUCCUGGAAAGCCCGCUUGGGAACUUUCUACAGUGAAACUAAAGUAUCAUCGGCAGAAAGAUUCCUGCAGUGGUCUCCCUGGUAUCACCACCUGUCCAGCCAAAAUUCUCAUGAUGCAACCUGCAAUGUCAAUUCCUAUAAAUCCUCUCUAGUGCCUUGCGAUGAUGUUGCCAAAAGCUUUGCUCAUGAAGAGGACGUGAACAACAAAGCCAAUAAGUUGAGAUGGAUGGUGCAGCUUCAGGGGCUGGAGGAAUCCAUGCGUAUUCAGACAGUAUCUCUUUCUGAAUUCAGUGUUUUAUUCACACUUGUUGCACCUGACUCAGGAGCUGUGACUGUUGCCUUCUGGGACUUGGAAACACAACAGGUGGAUUAUCAUCAUAUUAAAGGUCAAUCCUUACCAGUGGAAGGAGAUGGGAACGAUGAAUUAUCCCUGUUUCUCACAGAUACUGGCCUUUCCAUGGUGGUGUUUGCUUUCUCACAAGAAGAUCUAUUGAAUCGUUUAAUGAUUUAUGGGAAGGCAGGCAUUGUCGACUCAUUGUGCCAUCUCAAUCACUGGAAUCGAUGUUCAAUUCCCAUCCAUGCAUUAGAGGCAGGAAUUGAGAACAGGCAGCUAGAUACGGUUGAUUUUUUCCUGAAGAGCAAAGAAAAGUUAUUUUGUGCUCCAGCAACACUUUCGGCACAGGAACCUUCUGGAGCUGCGAUAAUGUCUUCGGUGCAGCUAACAAAUGUCGAAGAAAUUAAGCCAGCUUUAGAUUUGCUAUGUUCAGCCAUCAGGGUAAAUUAUUCUGAAACGCAGGGCAAGCAGUUCUCUGAACAGCUUCUGAACCUUACAUUGACUUUUCUCAACAAACAAAUGCAAGAGCUUCUAACCCAGUCAGGAGAAUUGGACAAGUACAAGCAAAAAUGUGUGGAUUAUUUGACCAGUUAUAUUAUCAAGCUCCGUAAAUUUAUGAAGAAAUAUCCUCGAACACCUCCAAAUGAGACUGUAACUAGUGACUGUCUGGGUGAAGAAAACAUUUUACCAGAUGGUAAUCAUGUUUAUGGAAAGUGGAAGAAUCUAAAUACUAAUGAAAUUGUUCGUGAUGCUAUACUCAGUAAUCAGAUUCCACGAGCUCAGAGCUAUUUCACAGUACAACAGACAUCUAUGAAAGAUCUGAACAAACUCAUGCAAGCUGGUUUAAAUCUAACCUACAAAUCUCUUUUAAAAAAAGACCUGCAGGAGGCUAGGCAACUUUUAAAAAAUAUGGGUUUUGAUGUGAAGAGACAACUGCAUCGUAUCUGUUGCUACACAGCUGAUCGAGACCUUCGUGAUUUCCUGGUGGAAAAUCUCCAGGACUGUUUAUCUGAGGAAGAGAAGGAGUGGGUUAAAUUUGUUCACUUUGUAGAGAGCCUAUAUUCCUCUGCGCAAAUCAUGGAAUGUCCUUUACAGAACAGUGUUUUGCAGGCUGAAAAUAUUGAUCCCAGUUUUGCAGCUGUCCUGGAACCUAUUAUAAACUCUGAUGUUGGGGAUACUGAACAUGCAGAAAGAGAUUCAAACUGUUGUGUAGUCAUUUUGGAUUGGGCCAAAUGGUGGGAUAAGGUGGCAAAAGAACAAAUAAAGUUAUGUAGAGAAUUGGAUGUGGAUCUCCUCGCAGCAAUUCAGUUUUGUAGUCCUGAGGUAUUGUGGACCAGCCUCACAUCCAGGCAUUGUUGGGCCAAAGUUCGUGACUGGAUUGAAAUGUUCCAAAGUAGUGAGAAUUCUGCAAAUUGGCCACCCCUGUCACCUGAUAUUGUGAAUCAGAGCACACAUUGCAGUAACUACAUGAGAAAUGAGAUAUUGGACAUAUUGGCAAGAAAAGGAGUAUUCAUCCCUUCAGAGCUAGCCAACUUUCGACAGUUCCUGGUCAGACUAAGCUGCGCAGGGGGAGUGAUGCAGAAAUCUCACCCAGUUCCUGUUUACCAGUCUCCUGAUGGGCUUGACUUCUACAGCUGUUUCAUCCUCUUCUGCCUUGAGCAUGAGCUACGCUAUCUUUUGUACGCUUAUCUGGAUUAUUACGGGUUGAAACCCUCCAACUGUCCUCUUCUGGAUGAUACAGCACUCCAUGUGGCUCAUCCCUGGUUUGAGUUUCUAGUGAGAAUGAGAGAGGUUGCUGAUAAGCUAGAUACAUCUGUGACAUUCCGAGCGAGUCUAGCCAAUGCUCAAAUGCUGAUUCCCAGCAAUCAAGCCAGUGUCAGCAGCAUGCUGCUGGAGGGACACACUCUAAUGGCAUUAGCCACUAUCAUGUUUGCUCCUGGAGGAAUUGAUCAGGUGAUGCAGGAGAGAAAAGAUGUAAGUGAUUCUCUCUGGAAAGUAGACUCUCAGCUGUUGAAGAUGGCACUGUCUCCUUAUCCCAAGUUGCGCACUGCUCUUUUUCCACAGCUCACCCCUUAUGGCAUUCCACCAUUGGACAUCUCUCUCUAUCAUCUUUUACAGUCAUUACACCCCUUUGAUCCAUCACGCCUCUUUGGCUGGCAGUCUGCCAAUGUGCUCUCCACUUGUGACUUAUCAAAUGAUUUACCUCAUUUCUCUUGCCCUGACUUGGUGAAUAAGUAUGCCAUAACUGAACGCCUAGAUUUUUCCUACUACUUGCGUCAUGGCCGGCCAUCGUACGCAUUUGCAACUUUUGUGGUGCAGCAGCUUGCAAAGAGCAGUUCACCCAAACAGUCGAUCCAACAAGCAAGCAUUGAGGCAUACACUCUGGGGUUAGCUCACUUCACUGUACCUGCUGUUGCUGCUGCCUGUGUCGCCUUUCUUGAAUUACUUGGUGUUUCCAGUUUUAAACUCCGGAUUGAUCUUAAAGUUGCAGAUGCCAUUUUGAAACUUUGGUGUACAAAUGCAGAAGAAACUCAACGCAGUUUAUUACGAGACACCUUGGCUGAAAAACUUCAGAACUUGAUUGAAUUUAAUGGAUCAGCAGCAGAGGAGUUGCUGACCCAUUUAGAAAAUGCCACUUGGGAGAACUUAAAAACCAGAGAUAUAAGCAGGACAUCUUUUGAAGCCGGUCAAGAGUGGUCACUGGUAGCACAAUUCUGUAAGCUUCACGGCAUUACUGUCAGCUUGGCUUAUCUCCAGGAGUGUGCCCGAGAGGAUGCGUGGCUGCAGUUUGUGAUUUUUGCUCAGCUUCACAACUACCAACCCAAUGAGGUGAAGGCACUAUUGAAAGACUUCAGUCCCGCUCUUCAAGAUCACCUGACACUAGCUUUUCAGAACUUGCAGUUUGUUGCACAAGAAAAGCCAGUAAUUUGUUCUGUAACCAAGGAAGAAACCAACAAGAGAGAUGAAUCUCCAGUGGAUCUUUUUCAAGUUCUGUAUUGGUGCCAGGAGAAGGCAAAACCUUGGCGUUAUCUGUUGAGUGAGGCGGUGCGGCACAGUGCCCCCGUGUUGAGUGUUUUGGCUGCAUGUUUUCAGGAAACUGAUGUUCUUCAGUGUCUUUGUGUUUGGAUUAUUAUGACAUCAGAUGAUGCAAUUGUCUCUGAAGUGACAAAACAUAUUAAUGAUUCAAUAGAAUAUCAUGAAUGGAAUCUCCAUGAUCUUUCGCUGAUGUGGAAAGUGUUACUGGAAAGAAGAAAAAGUAAACAACUUGUUCGAGGAUUUCAGCUUUUUCAGAAGCACUGUCCGUGGGUCUACAUGUUAGAGAUGUAUGAAUUGUGCACAGAACACAAGAAUUAUCAAGAAUCAAAGUUGAGACUUCAGGAAUUCCAGAAAUGCUUACUGACUUUGAAGGCAGAAGAUUCAGCAAGUACUGACAUCCCAGUCCAAUGGAUGGAAUCACAAGCUGAUUUACUUCUGAAGUUGAUGAUACAACAGUGUCCAACACAGUAUGAACUUGGAAAGCUACUGCAGAUACUGGCUGAUGUGGACUGUGGCCUGAAAAUAAGUGAAGAUUUUGGGCUAGAUUUCCGAAAACUGAGCAGACUCAGUCAGCUCCUGCAAGACACCUCGAUCUCUAUUGAUCCUUCCCUCCUUGUUGACUGCAGCACAGGCACUUUGCAGAACGUAUGUGGACAAAUUCUGGACCAACUGCAGAAGAAGGGACUUUUUGCUUUAGCUAGACAGGUGGCUGACCUAGCCCAGCUUCCGGUUGAUCACUUAGUGGUCCAUGAGGUAACUCAGGAGCUUCAAAAUUUGAAGCAAUCUGGUCAAUGGCAAAGGAAGGAGACCAGGAUAAAUUUUUGGAAGAAAUGCCAUGAUUGUUUCAAAAAUUAUUUGAUAUCCAAUGUAGUUGCUUCUGAAUUCUUUCUGGCCCAGGUCAAUGAGAUGCCAGUAAUUAAAUCUCUACUGCCUUCAUCUUUCAAAGACCAGUCCCUGAACAUUCAGGAAAGAUGUCUCCUGUUGACAAUGGCAGGCCAUUGGCUGUCACAGAGUAAUCCUCCAAACCUGGAUCAAUUGGAAGAAUUGGAGAAGAGAAUUUGGCUGUGUCGCAUAAGUCAGCAGACCUUGCUAAUGUCCACAAAUUCAAGAUUUGCCUGGCAGCUGUCAGUGUGUGGUGAAAUAACUUUUGAUGGUGCCACCAAAGAAUUCUUAUUCUCAAAACUGCCUGCUCUCAACUCUCCAAAGUAUCUCAGGCUCGAAGGGUUUCCCAACAAGGACAUGGCUUCCAAUUGUGCACUGGACGCAGCAGAAAGAGACGCUCUUAAUAUUUUGAUUGGCGAGUUGUUAGAUGGAGGCUGUGUUCAUGAAGCCAGUAGAGUUUGUGGGUAUUUUGAAUUUUACAACCAAGACACAUCUUUAGUUCUCCACUGCAGAGCCAUGGCUUCAGGAGAACUGCAAACAGUAGAUUUUCACCCUUCAGUGCAGAUUAUCUUGACUGCAGGAGCAUCUUUUAACGGUGAGAUAGGCUUCCAUCGAAAAAGAAUUCCAAGUUUGAGCAGUGUAACCUCAUCAUUUGGUCAGUGUUCUGAAGAAGACAGUGUUAAAGACCAGGUCGUUAAGGAUCUUCAAAUCCUCACAAAUGAGUGCUACCAUGGAAAAGGUUAUUGUCGUCAGGUUCUUAGCUUGUAUCAACUCUCAAAGGAGCUUGGUUGUUCUUUCAAUGAUAUAUCAACCCAAGAUUCUGAUACUGUUCUGCGAGAAGUAUUGUCAUCUCAACAGCCCGAUCGAUAUAAAAAAGCCCAGGCGUUUAUCUCAACCCAAGAACUGAAGCCAGAAACUGUAGCAGCACUUAUAGCUGAAGAAGUUGUUCAGGCUUCACUCUCUUCAGUAGAAGCCAAAGGAGUGAGGCAGAUCUAUAAGCACCUUGAUGGGAAAGAGGCUUUCCUACAGCUCGCUAAACUGUGUCAAGAUCCGAUCCUCGUUGGUACCAAGCUGUUGGAUAAAAUUUCAUCCAUUCCAAAUGGGGAACUGGAAUGCACUGUGGAGCUGCUGAUUCUAGCACAUGACUGCUUUAGCCUGACCUGUCACAUGGAGGGGAUUAGUCGCGUGUUGCAAGCUGCACGCCACCUCAGUCAUAAACACCUCGCACCCAAAGAAGCAUACAGCCUCAUGGUCCGGCUGGUGACUGGCAUUGGUCGAUACAAUGACAUGACGUAUAUAUUUGACCUGCUACAUGAGAAUCAUCGGUUUGAAAUGCUACUGAGGAAAAAUGUUGAAUCAAAUGGAGACCUGAAGACAGCUUUGCUAGAUUACAUCAAACGUUGUCUCCCUGGGGAUAGUGAAAAGCACAACAUGGUGGCUUUUUGCUUCAGUAUGUGUCGUGAGAUUGGGGAAAACCAUGAGGGUGCAGCCCGUGUACAACUUAAAAUCAUCGAGUCACAAUCCUGGGAGGUGACUCCUGAAUUGAAGAAAUCUCUGGUGAAAGUCUUGAACUUUUUGAAAGAUGCUGCUGAGAGCUACUCAAAGGACUCGUGUAUCCGACGUGCCUCUCAGUGUGUGAAACUUGCCAAACUGGUCACUCUGCAGCUCCAUCUCCUAAACAACAAUCGGGACGUGCAAUUAAUUAACCUCCAGAGAAAUGAUCUGAUGCCAUGUAUUCUCUCCUUGCCGAGGUUCUAUCAGGCUGCCAUUGUUGCAGAGGCAUAUGACUUUGUACCUGAUUGGGCAGAGGUGCUAUAUGAACAGGUUAUUGUUCGUGGUGAAUUUUCCUACCUAGAGGAGUUUAAGCAACAAAACCAUGUACAACAGAGUCUGUUUGAAGAGAUUUCGAACAAAUUUAAACGACACAAGGGAGAUGUUGCUGCAAGUCAGAACAUGAAGAAAUUGCUGCAGCACUGUGAGAAUGUCUACCUGGUUUACAAACUGGCUUAUGAGCAUAACUUUACUGAUGUAGCAAACAAGCUCCUUAAAGAACCUCAGACAAGUUGCUAUCUGAAUGACAUGAUUGCCAGUUAGCUGUUUGUACUUAGUUUCCAGCAUUAGAUCAUUUUUUAAAAAAAAGUUUACCAAACAAAUAUUUUAUUGUAAAAAAGUGUAAAUACUUUGUAAUCUAAUUUCUCUCAUCUCUGAAAAAGCAAUAAAUA